AUGGCAGGAUUCGAGGAGGAAGAUCUAACAAUUGCCGCCCACCGUAGUGCUGGAAAGGCUUCUCGCUAUUCAUCUCGAAGGUAUCUAGAUUUUUACGAAGAUGCAACAAUUGUGAACUCAAGAGAGAACACCCCUACCGGGAGUCCAUCCCGCUCAGAAGGAAACCCAAGUGACCAUCCGUUGCCACCAACGAUAGACAAGUCACUACCCACUGAAGACAGGGACAAAUCUGUCCCUCCAAGGAGUCGAUCCACCUCGCCGCGACGAUCUCCAUCACCGAGAAGGGACGAGAGCCCUCCUCCAUCCGCACCACGCCGCUCGAAGAAAUCUUCCUCGAGCGACAAGCCCCUCAACUCAAAGAGAUCCUCUUCGAACGACAAGUUCCACAAGCUCAUGGAGAACCUCGUCAAGCCACUGGCUGAAGGCUUCGAGGCAAUGCGAGCACAGCAGAAGAAGACUCAGGAACAAGUCGAAGCCUUGGCACAAGAAGACGACGAAGAACCGUUGGAUCCUGCUGCCGCAACAACCAACAGGACCGCAACUCGUUCCGCACGUUUCGGCCGACGAGCGGCCCUAGAAUUCGAACGAAUGAAUCGUCGUCUCGACGAGGUCGAUUCUAAGGUCCAUCGCGCUACCAGCUCAGCCUCAGAGUUGACGAAAGCACUCGCCGAUACCUGA